AUGUCAAGUGGUAAUAACUAUGGACUAUUAAAUUCUGAUGACAAUGACAAUGACAAUGAUGUAACAUAUCAUUAUGAAUCCAGUUCAGAUGACACUGAUGAUACAUCUAAUAAAAUGAAAAAAAGAAAAUAUAGAUAUGAAUACUUUGUAGGUCCUGUUGCCUAUGCAGAAAAUGAUACAAUUGAUGGUGUUUCUGAAAUAUUAUUCUUGAAUUAUAUUCUUGCUGGAACCAAUAAACAUGAUGGCAUACAACAAUAUGUUGAAUUUCUUAAACAUUAUCUUUCACCUGGAGUCUUGAAUCUUUGUCAUAAUCUAGAUAGAAUUUGUAGAAAAAGUUACCUUGAAUGUAGACAAUUAAUUAAAAAAUGGAAUAAGGAUAAUGAUAAUCCCACAGAUGAUGAGAAUUUAGUCAUUGAAGCCUAUGAUGAAUGUAAGUUUUGCAAAUAUACUUGA